CUCGAGUAUUCACUUGAGGCUGGUAUCUAUUGUAGUCACCUACUGUAGUUGUCGGCACUAGCUUUUUAGUCAGAGCACCUUGCAUGAGUGACGGUGUCUGGUUAGAGAGACCGCAUUGCUCCUUCCUAAGGCGAGGUCCAGCUUUCGAGUCUGAUCAGCUUCUUGGCGCCUGCCCACUGGCACCGCCCACCGCCUGCCGUCCUUCAAAUCCAUCUCACCCUCGCAUCUUGUUCCAGCUUUCCAACAUACUCGACUUCCAUUCACACUUCCACCGUCGAUUCUCCCGCUCACUUCACCAAGUUCAUUGCUUUAUUUCUCGAGCAGUGACCUCUCACGAAACCCCAUCUCCCUUGUCUACUGUCCCCUAAUCACCAACCGAUCUAGCCAUCAUGGAAGAAGAAGUUGCCGCGCUCGUCAUUGACAAUGGCUCUGGUAUGUGCAAAGCUGGCUUUGCCGGUGAUGACGCCCCCCGAGCAGUCUUCCCAUCCAUCGUCGGUCGCCCCCGCCACCAUGGUAUCAUGAUUGGUAUGGGUCAGAAGGACUCCUACGUUGGUGAUGAGGCCCAAUCCAAGCGUGGUAUCCUCACCCUUCGAUACCCUAUCGAACACGGUGUCGUGACCAACUGGGAUGACAUGGAAAAGAUCUGGCAUCAUACCUUCUACAAUGAAUUGCGUGUGGCUCCUGAAGAGCACCCCGUCCUCCUGACCGAGGCUCCCAUCAACCCCAAGUCCAACAGAGAAAAGAUGACGCAGAUUGUCUUCGAGACUUUCAACUCGCCUGCAUUCUACGUUUCCAUCCAGGCCGUCCUCUCUCUCUACGCUUCCGGUCGUACCACCGGUAUCGUCCUCGAUUCCGGUGAUGGUGUCACUCACGUUGUGCCCAUCUAUGAGGGUUUCGCUCUUCCUCACGCCAUUUCUCGUAUUGAUAUGGCUGGUCGUGAUUUGACCGAUUACCUGAUGAAGAUCUUGGCCGAGCGAGGAUACCCAUUCUCGACCACUGCCGAACGCGAAAUUGUUCGCGAUAUCAAGGAGAAGCUCUGCUAUGUCGCUCUCGACUUUGAGCAAGAAAUCCAAACUGCAUCUCAGAGCUCCAGUUUGGAGAAGUCCUACGAGCUUCCCGAUGGCCAAGUCAUCACCAUCGGCAAUGAAAGAUUCCGAGCCCCCGAGGCACUCUUCCAACCCAGCGUUCUUGGUCUAGAAUCCGGCGGUAUUCACGUUACCACUUUCAACUCCAUCAUGAAGUGCGACGUGGAUGUUCGAAAGGACCUUUACGGAAACAUUGUCAUGUCUGGUGGCACCACCAUGUAUCCCGGUAUCUCUGACCGUAUGCAAAAGGAAAUCACUGCUCUCGCACCUUCUUCCAUGAAGGUCAAGAUCAUUGCUCCUCCCGAGCGAAAGUACUCUGUCUGGAUCGGAGGUUCCAUCUUGGCAUCUCUUUCCACCUUCCAGCAAAUGUGGAUCUCCAAGCAGGAAUACGAUGAGAGUGGUCCUUCCAUUGUCCACCGCAAGUGCUUCUAAACAUUUUUCCAUCUUGCAGGAAAGCUUGGUUCCUAUCCCGACACGCAGCAAUUUUCUAGAUUCAGUUGUGCACGACGUCAAGACAUUGAUGAAAGGAAUGGUGGGAUGGAGCAUAGAAUUGUGCGCUAUGGCAGUGGGAGGUCCAAAAGUCCAUGUGAAGUAGCAGGCACGAGGUAUGAAUCUGGUUCACUUAGGUGGGCCCAGGAUCAUUGAUGCAUGUAUUCCGACAAUAGCAAUCUCAAUGAGUAACCAUCAUUCCACCAAGACGUCUUGGAAGUGUCAUGUGGUCAACACAUCUCUGACGCUCCUUGGUGAUUUCUGGACUAGGGCAUGUAUUGCUCCAAUUGCCGUUGUGAAGUCUAAAUCUUUUGGCUAAAUCUCAAUAUUGUAGACAACGUCAGCC